UCCCAGUUUCGGUUCCGCCUCCUGCAACCUCUUAGUGAGUCUGCAUUCAUGAAAUGAUUUCUCAUUCUAAAGGAUUUCUGAUUUGUUCGCAGAUUUUAUUAAUCCCCUUGCACAAAUCACCAUAUAUGUCGAUUGAAGAAGAAUGCUGCAUUUGCUGCUUUAUUCGUCUUCAGUGGGGUCAGUGAGCUAGCAAAAUAAGACGUUUGAUUUCUGGGAUAUUACAACAUAAGGGUUUCUCCUUUCGUCUCCUCUAACACACACAACACAUACAGAGAGAUGCAGGAGGAGAGUAUUGAUCACUUUGUUCAUGAGCAUACUCUGACGCUUAUUCAAAGUGAUAACAACGAUUUUUGCUACGGGUGUGGUAGAUAUUUCUUUGAAGAGGCAGCCUACGGAUGCACCAAAUGCGGUAAUAGGAAAUACUUGCACACCGACUGUGCAGAAAGGCCGACUAAGAUUACGCAUUCUAGGCACCCGCAACACACACUCGUCCUCAAAUUAGCUGACGCUCCAAGGAAGUGUGCAGCGUGUCACUAUAACGUAUGGAGAAUUGGUUACUUUUGUACUAGUUCAGGUUGUGAGUUCCAAAUCCACAUUCAAUGUGAACUCGCUGCUGGCGUGAAGCAUGUGGCCGAUGAGCAGAUAUGCAUACAGCACCCCAGCCACCACCAACACCAACUCAUUCUCAUGAAGAAACGUCAUUCUUUCAACUGUGAUGCCUGUGGCACCAUGGAGACGGGAAGAUCUUACGUGUGCAUUGCUUGCCAGUAUUGGAUACACGAGGACUGUGCCGCCUUGCCCCCCACCAUCGACUACAACCACCACCACCACCCUCUCUCUCUCGCUUUCUAUCUCCCAACACAGUAUACCAAUUUUUUCUACUCAUGCGAUAUAUGCACCAAAGAUCUGUUGGUCAACCGUUGGGUGUAUCAUUGCCAAAUUUGCAGAUACAUUGUUCACAUCAAGUGUGCCACCAAUCCCCCCACUCCCACUGAAUUUCAUGAUCCAAACGAUCAAGAGGUUGCCUCGUUUCCAGUUCGCGACGUGCAUGAAGAUCUAAUCAAGCCGUUUGUUACCAGAGAAAGAGGACAAAUGGUAGUCAUCCCAGCUCCUGAUGACCAAAAAUACUCCUUUCCUUUCCAUCGUCAUCAGUUGAUCUUAGUCUCAUCAUCCAUCUCAGAAAUCGAUGAUGAUGAUGAUGAUGAUGACGACGACGGUGAAGAUGGUGACGGUGAAUUAGCAUGUGAUGCCUGCACUAUGCCUAUAUUUCCAUGCAAGAAACACCAAUCAUUUUCAUCUUCAUCUUCAGACUCCUAUAGGUACAUGAGCUGUGGUGAAUGCAAAUACUUUCUCCACUUGGCUUGCUUCAACUUACCGCCAGAGCUCCCCUCUCAUCCACUGCACAAACAUCCUCAUCACAACCUAAUCCUUGAAGCUUGUCCCAAACUCGAAUUUUGGACCAAAUGCAACAUUUGCCUUUUCUUAUCGAAUGGGCUGCGCUACGCUUGUAGAGAAUGCAACUUCAUAGUGGAUGUCAAGUGCGCUUCACUGCCCAAAGCCAUCAAACACGAGGCGCAUCCAAACCACCAUCUUUAUCUCAAGUAUUUGCCUACCAGAGGAGAUGGUCGGCAAGGAGUCUGUCGCGGUUGUGUGAACACUGUAUGGUUUGGUUUACUGUACAAAUGCAGCAGCUGCAGUUUCACUCUGUGCAGCAUCUGUAUAUUUCUGCCGCAGGUGAACAAGCACGGGUGGGAGAAGCACCCAUUGCCGUUGACGUAUGAAGGCCGAUUCAACCAUCCCGGCGACUUCUAUUGUGACAGCUGCGAACUAGAAAUGCAUCCAAGGGGGUGGAUGUACCAAUGUGGCCACUGCGAUACCUCCUUCCAUGCAACCUGUUUUCCUGAAGCAUCUGGUUAUUGUCGAAAUAUCAAGUUUGGGCAGCAGUACAACGUCAGGGGUGAUGUUCACCCUCAUCCUCUCACGUUUAAACUUGUCACCACUAAACUGCGCUGCGACGUUUGUCGUUUCACAGAUAUAGGGCCUGAUCCCGCUGGAUUAUAUUGCUCCUCGUGCAACUUCUUCAUGUGUAUGGACCGCUGCACUAGUUGGCGCCUACCUCAAAUUCUCCCCGUCGAAUAACGACUUCUCUAAGUUGUGUGUGUUUGUUAGCUUCAACAAUAACUUGGUUGACAUGGUCUCCCACUGUCACUGCUUUUGUGUUCUGAAUUUAUUUCUCUUGUGAUGGUUUGAGUUUCUAUUACAUUGGUUUCAUAUUUGUUGACUUUUUUUUUAUUUAAAUAUAUUCUAAUAUGCACUUGUAUUUGGGCUUCCGUUAAAGAGAUUAUACUCAAUAAAUAUGGUGGGCUGCGUGUGCUUGAUCAAA